AUGGAGAUCUUCGAGAGCCCCUACACCGACCUCUCCCUCGAGAAGGGAGAGUACGUUAGUUACUCGCCCUCCGACAAGGGCCGGCGCCACAUCGAGUGGCGGAUCGAUCCGUUGAACCAGUACUUCGACCCCCAGAGGACGCACAUCCGGAUGGUGGUGAAAGUCACCAAGGCCAACGGUAACGAUCUGGACGCCGACGACACCGGGAUCGGCUUCGUGAACAACAUAGGGCCGUCCCUGAUCAAAAACGCCUCUCUGGAGUUGAACGGUAUCCUGGUCACUUUGCAGACCGACUCGUACCCUUACAAGAGUGUCAUCAAAAACCUGCUCAGCCACGGCCAGGAGAGCCAGGAUUCCUACCUGCAAUGCGGGGGCUGGCAUAAGGACACCGCAGGUCACAUGGAGGUGCACGAGUCGGAGGGGGACGGGGCGACCAACAAGGGGUUCGUCGAGCGCUUCGGCUACUCGGCUCGCAGCAGAGAGUUUGGACUCAUCAUCCCGUUGGAUCUCGACACACUCCAGACCGACCGGUACAUCGUGAACCACGUUGGGAUCAAGCUCCGGCUUGAGUUGAACAGAGACGAGUUCGUCCUCAUGGGUGGGGGGACGUACACCAUCGCCGCCAACCCUCUGCUUCGCCUCUACCAAGUCACCCCACUCUCGAGCAUCGGUACGGACCACAACAAAGCGAUGAAGCUCGCCACCUUGGCCAAGUACCCCGUCUCCACGGUGGUGGUGAAGACCAGGGCCGUCCCCCAAGGGGUACGGCUGUUCACGUUCGACAACCUUUUCAAUGGCAUGGUCCCCAAGCGCCUUGUUGUGGGUAUGGUCAGGCACGCCGCCUUCACGGGGGACUACACGCUCAACCCGUUCCACUUCCAGUUCCUCGGCGUGGAGAAGGUGGCGCUACGGGUGGACAGCAACGAGACGCCGUGGAAAGACAUCCGGCACGUGGGCCCCGAGGCGAUCGACGAGUACCACAUGCUGCACGUGGGUGUGAACGGUACGGCCCUCCGUAAAGGGCUGAACAUCAGCCGCCACGAGUUCUUCAACGGUUACACGCUCUUGGUCUACGACCUGACCAAACCGGGGAACGCCGGGUCGGGCUACAUCCACCCCCAGUAUAAAGGCAACACCUCUCUGGAGCUCACCUUCACUGCAGACACGACACAGAUCUUGACGGUCGUGCUGUACGCGGAGUUCGACAACAACAUGGAGAUGGACUACAUGCGUCGAGUGAUGUACAACAUCUCAGCGUAA